AACCUAAAAUUCAAAGCGACAGCGACAGAUGAUGAUUGUUGAUUUGAUAUGUUGUUUACGAAGUGUUCAGUAGAUAUAAUCCAAAUCGAUAAGUUAUCGCUGAUUUGAAUAGGUUCAUUUAUAAUUAUUGAGUAGGCUAGUAGCAAAUUUUUAUCGUAAUCAUAAUGGCUAGUCAAAUACAUAAAGUAUUGAAACAAGCAAUAAUUACAUUCACCAGCAGACCUGAAUUGUUUGCUUCGAAUUUAAACAGUUUAUCCGCUGUUUUGGAUAAAACCACUGCAGAAGAUGUCAAUUUGGACACAAGAUAUAUGAAUGAAGAUUGGGGAGAAAAUGAUCGAGCACCAGUUACUUUCAUUGAUAUCUAUGAAGAUUCAAAUCUCACUAUGAACAUCUUCAUACUAAAAUCAGGUAGCCAACUACCUUUACACAAUCAUCCAGAAAUGUAUGGAUUGAUAAAAGUAAUCUCUGGGAAGAUAAAAAUAACGAGUUACUCAUUAAAUACUUCUAAAACACUGGACAUCGAUAGAAUGAGUUUCAAAGAUGAUUUUGUGCCACCGAUUGAUCACAGGAGAAGAAAAAUAUUAACGGCAGAACUCAUUAGUAGUGAAGUAGUUGACGUAAAUAGUAAACCUUGUAUUUUGGAUCCAUUUAAUAAGAACAUUCAUGAAAUUCAGAGUAUUGAUGGUCCAGCUGCUUUUCUUGAUAUUUUGGCGCCUCCGUACAAUACAGAAAUUCCAAAUAAAGGUUCCAGAUUGUGUUCAUACUAUGCUGUGUUAAGUAACGUCAUGCCAAAUGUGUAUCGGUUGCAAGAAAUCAGAACACCUUCAUGGUACUGGACUGAUUCCUGUCCGUAUACAGGACCCAAUUUGCAUUUUUGAUCCAGUUUUAGAAAAAUUCAACUACUAGCCAUCAUCAGGGUUUUCAUAUUUUAUCAUGAAAUGACUUCAUGAUUUCAGUAUUUUGUUGGAGUACUAGUCUUACUUUUGAUAAAAGUCAUGAUAUAGAUUAAGUGUAUGAUAAUCCUUUAUACUUAGGAUUUGCCUAGGAAAUAUCUGCUGCAGCUGAAAAAAAUAGACGUGAUAUUUUUGAGCUUCAACUAUCAGUUUAACAAGAUUUAAGUUUGGUAUCAAAAAUUACCAAAAUUCAGAUACAUUAUAAUUGUAUAUCAAAUUAAUUUAUUCUCAGAAUUUUGAAACCUCAUAAUUGACCUCAAUAAAUAUAAAUGAUAAAUGAA